AUCUUAUCAAUCACUUACCGGCCAUUAUCCGCGCGGGGAGACGAACCGGAGGGUAUUUUGAUUCCAAUCGAACGAAGAACGUGCGAGGCACAGAUGUAUUUCUCUGUGUAAACUCGAAUAGAAAUGAAAGAAGAACUUGAAGACGAUUUGUAUGAUACCAAACUACUGCCAACAGAUGGAGACCAAAGUAUUUCAACGACUGAAAUCGCCGCGUGUGCGCCAGUUAAUUCAGAGUUCCCUUCCGCUAAAGAUGCAGAAAUCACAGAGAAAGAUGGUGGCUGGGCUUGGGUUGUUUGUGGUGCGGCAUUCUGCGAUUUAUUUGUGGUUUUGGGAAUGCAUUACACUGUGGGAGUCUUAUAUGCUGCGUUACUCGACCACUUUAAGGAAUCGAAAGCCAAGACAGGUACCAAAAUACGACUUAUUUGUGGUUUGUUGUUAUCAGCAGGCGUAAGUGGUUUAUUUUAUUAAUUUUUUUUUGCAGUUUAUUAUACUACAUCGUUUGUGGACAGUGAAAUUCAACCACGUAGGCAGUCAUGCUUUGUAAAUUUGAUGUUAACUAGGCCAUUCAAUGCUCCUUGUUAACAAAUUUGCCGCGGUGAAUAUUCAAUUUGAUCAUUCAGUUGUGAUACAUCACCGGUACAUUUUUAAAUCGCCAUGAUCCACUUGUAUAGUUGUUUACACCGAUUUAGCACGCCUUUCAUCUCACUCGAUCAAAAUAAAAAUUCAAAUUUGCGCUAAAAAACCCGUUCCCCAACAAUUAUUGUAUAUUUCCAAAUUAACAAUGCGUGGGUUACUACCAGCAUGGAGAUUUUUUGUUUUGUUUCAAUUCAAUUAUAUAUUGGCCCGGUGUCAAUGUGUAAGUCACUGUCAGUUAUUUCAAGUAUUUCGAGGCAGUAUAAAUACAUGCAAACCAUAACCCUGUAAAGACCUUGACUACGUCCUUACAGUUUUUUGGCAACAGGGAAAUUUAAAGUCCGCUUUCUGAUUUGGAAGAUAAACGUUUGUUAUUCUACUCGCUUAUUUACUGAUUGGCGGAAGAGAUUAGUGUCAUGACUUCCUAUUCCAGAAUCGUCUUUCCCUGACGUACGUGCUUACGUCUGAAGAAAAGAACCUAAGUGCGUCGGCUGUCGAGCGAGUGUCGACCGAGAUAUCGGUAGGAAAAUGAAUUUAUAAUUUCCGGAACGAUUUGUAGGGCAGUUUUUUGGCGGGAUUUGGGUGUCCAGCCGUAGAACAUCGCCCAAUGUUGAUCAGCACUUCGUCGCUUGUCUACAAAUUUCGACCGAUUGUCGAACGAGGUGUCAUCGAUCGAAGAUCAGUGCUAUUGGUGCACAGUGUCCAACUAAUCCACAAGUAAAGCUAGAAAAGCAGUGCUUCAGUUGGCAGCAAAAGAAAAAUGUGUGCAUUGUUACAAAAUAGGGAGGGACCGCUGAACAAAGUAGGAAAAACUACCGGGUCAUACCGGCAACCUCAAGUGUCAUUUACUUAGUCGGGAAAAUUUACUUGUUACUGCCGUGAUUGCGUGCAAAGCCCCCCUAGAAAGGACAUAGGAUGGCACGCAUGGUGGGGCACGUUCCUGUAAGCUGUUUAAGUCAAUCAACAAGUUCUAUGAUUUGACCACACCUAGUGGCAAGGGGGGGACGGUACAGGGAGGGACUUGUUCCGCACAUUUUAUUUUAGGGAAGACAAGCAAAAGUAGGAUGCAGCUCAAUUCUAACUGUGUUUUCUUCUCCAACAGCAUGGGUGGGAUCCAUCGCUCAGUUCUCCUUGUUCUUCUUUUGCUAUCCCGGCAGCCUUCUCAGUGAGCGCUACGGAUGUAGACGUGUUGUUAUAGUUGGAGGAAUACUCACCAGUAUUGGUCUUUUACUGUCAUCGUUCGCCACCAGUUUAAAUCAAAUUUACUUCACCCACGGGAUAAUUGUGGGAUUUGGAACAAGUAUCAGCUAUCUCCCAGCGCUCGUAAUGGUGGCGUACUAUUUCGACAAGAAACGCUCUUUUGCCACAGGAAUAGCAACGUCUGGGAGCAAUUUAGGAGCUCUUGGGCUUGCUCCACUUCAGCAAGUAAUCGUAGAUGCCUUCGGAUGGAGAAUCUGCUAUCGUUUUCUGAGUGGGCUUGCUCUUGUUAUAACCGUCUGUGGGCUUUUGUUCAAGCCUUUGGACGAGAAAAAGACCGGAAAGGACAGACUUGUGAAAAGCACAGAAAUAAUAUUCGAGAAAUCCUUCAAGAAGAAACUUCUUAGCUUUCCUAGAAAUAAUUGGUUUAUUAUCUGGGCUGUUGCGUCAACCAUAGCAACAUUUGGAUAUUUUAUUCCACAUGUUCAUUUGGUAAGUGUCCAAGGAAAAUGGUGAUUAUUCCAGAAUUUGUAUGCUCAGGUGAUUACUGAGAUUCUCCUGCUCUGAUUGGUCGAGGAUUGCAUUAUAUCUCGCUAUAAUUAGCUCACGCGAGGUGAUUAUAGCGAGGACGCCAAAUUUCAAAAUGGCUGCCUCGCGUUUUGUCAAUGUUACAAGAGAAGAGAAAAACGCGAAAAGUUAAAAUUCAGUUCCAAAGGUCGCACGAGAUGCUACAAAAAAUUAUGUUGCGCGCCCAUAUAGAUCACCAGCUGGAAACGCUCGAAACGCACAGACUUCGCCGCUCAUGUCGCAGUGCCAAUGAGAGCUUGCUCGCAAGCUAUCAAUCAGAACGAAGCAAAUUAUCACAGGAAGCCGAUGAGAACUCAAAGAAUUGUGAACGCGGGAAACGGUGGUGCUUAGUCUUGAUUAGUUUUAGCUUGGCAUCUGAUUAGUUAAAAGUGGAGUGCCGGCGAUGUUUCUUGACAAUUUAAAGGGCGAGGUGAUUCGAACCAAAAAAGUGUCGCGAUACUUUCAAAACUCAAUUUAACAUUUAUUUUCAGUUCCGAAGUCAACCUCAUAGAUCUUCGUAUGAAUUCAUUCAACUGGUUUCAUUACAUUUUUCCGGAAACCGCUUGAAAGAAUUGUUCAGCCAACAUUGUGGAGAGUUCAAUCAUUGAUGUCACAACUUUGACUGAAUUUGUCUUUGGUUUUGUUUCAGGUUCGCGUCGCUGAAGAGAUGGGCUCCUCACAUCGGGAUGGCUCGCUCUUGCUUUCUUACAUCGGAAUUGGUUCGGGUGUCGGAAAGAUUAUCUUCGGAAAAAUCUCGGACAUUCCUCGCGUGGACACCAUAAAGUUAUACAAUAUUUGCAUGGUUCUUUCCGGACUUUCUCCUCUUCUCGCUAUCUACUCGGCGGGUUAUGACAUGCUCGUAUUAUAUGUGGUUGUACUUGGACUGCUGGAUGGUUGUUUUAUCGGGCUCAUGUCCAUUGUGACGUUUGAAUGUACGGACCGUGAGAAGAUGUCAGUAGCCUGGGGAGCAGUGUUGAUGAUCAUGUCGUUUUCUAUGUUGGUUGGUGCCCCAGCAGCAGGUAAGAGUGAACUUAACCUCGUCUCCUUGGCCCUUUCCCUCCCUAGAAACUAGCCUGGCUGAUUCAGUCCUGAUCUCGUCUCCCUUCAAAGGGAUGAGGUUGCGUUACGUCACGGGUUUCUGACUUCACCAGACUCUGUAUCCCAUCUCUCUUCGGGACGGUUUCCUCGGGGUUGAAAUUAGUCCUAAAUUAAAGCUUCCAUGAAUGAUCAUUCGACGUCCUUUUUGCUCGUUAAUCAGGCAGCUGUCCUCCUUCUUAUGACUUCCUAGUAAGACUAAUAUUUUAACAGAGUUGGUCCUGAGUUGGUCGGCGUUCGUAAGUUUCUCUUCUCCGAGCUAGAUGUGUCUCAUAACUGCUGCAGUCGGAGCUGUGAAAAAAAAACCAUUUUGAAGAUGAAUGAUUCAAUAUUUGAAUGAAACCCCCUCUUUUUUGGUUCCUCAGGAUGGUUUGGUGAAACAACAGGCAACUAUCGGAAUUUAUUCUUCUUAGCCGGCGCUCCGACCAUCUGCGGAGCUGUUGUGUUUUCGCUGAUUCAGUGUAUCAAAGAUCCUAUCAUUGAGAGUCAGCAAAAACGAGCGCUUGUAAUUCCUACGGAAGAAAAGGAAAUUAUCUUUGUGUACGAUAGGUUGACAGUAGUGUAA